AUGCAGCUGCCCGAGUCUGGUUCGUCGCCUCUACUGUCGCUACCGGACGAGCUGGUGCUAGACGUUCUCCACUACCUCGAACUGGGCGACUUGUUCGAACUCGCCCAAACUUGCCGCUGGGGCUACCGCUUGGCUAUUCCACUACUCUGGAAGGAUGUCGAGCUCAAGGAUUGCUGGACCCUGCAUCCGCGCGCGUCGAGGCCACAGUUUAAAGCCCAAAGAGUCAUCGACGAGUUGGCCGACGAGCAUGACGAUACGCCUAUAAUUAAGAAGCUGCUGGUGUUGGCAACCAACCCGUCCAUUGCCUGUCAUGUCCAGACCGUCCUCCACCGCUGCCACCUUCCAACGCCCAGCAUCUAUCACGAGCUCCCGCUCUUCUGCUUUCGCUCGCUUACCCUCUCCAACGAUAGCCGCACCCACAAGCUCCUCAUGCUGGCCAUUCGGAACAUGACAAACGUACAUACCCUGAGGAUCAUAUACGGUCAUUACUUCCUUGCAUAUGGUCUCAUCUGGGGCUUCCUGCAUCCACAUCGUCCAAGGAGUGUGCCUUUGAAGCGCUUAUGGCUCGAGUACUGCUCGCUGUCCAUGCCAGAGCCCGGUCCAAUUGGCUCGUCAUUUUGGCCUGACCUCUCAGGCAUAACGAGUUUGAGACUCAGGCGUCUGAGCUAUCUCAACGACCUCACACAGAGGAAUGUCAUAACCCAGGGCAUGGCUUUGAGUAGGGCUCAACUCCAUCGGAGGAUGCUGCAAAAUGGUAUUGGAGGAGAAUACAUGACCACAAUAGACAAAGUGGUCCCUGAUGGCACCGUGUCUCCUGCUUCACUAUCCGAAGCAGCUCGGCUGGACAAGAUCAUCUAUGACGCUUUACCCGAGGCCAAAGAGUUUCUGGAGUCCACCCAUGUGCCGGAGGAUCAACAAUUUGAAAAACCUCGGCCUGCCGUCCCCGCAGACUUCUUAAAGACUCUGUUGAAAGACUCCGCUGCUACAUUAACCUCGUUAAAUCUCGAUAUGCUCCUCUCCGAUGACGCGUACCGAAACCGCGAAGAAUGGCUCAUCAGGGACAUGUUUUUCCGCCUGAGCCAUUUGCGCUUUCCUUACCUCCGUGCGUUCCAGCUGCGCAAUGUCAUGACUCCGUGGACUACUUUACCGAGAGGAACAUAUUUACUUGAUAGAUUAGAUACACCUGGCUCCCCGACGCCAGUUAUCGAUUUCUUGGAAUUCAUGGACGCCCACCCGAACAUUUCAUGUCUGUCUUGGCCAAUGGAAAACUUCUUUAGCCACCAACGCUCCGAUGGCGAGGCAGCAAUCCAACAAGACCGUGUCAUAUCCAACCUUGCCCGCACAUUAAAGGAACUACGGGUGGAUACGACCUUCCACCCUGAUGCAGAAAGGGACCACUCGGGAGACUUCCGAUACCCAUUGGCAGCCAAGGGACGGCGGUGGCACUUCAUCACCAGAUUUGCUUCUCGAAUGACCAAAGUUGAACACCUGAAGAUGGAAGGCGGAAUACCCCGUGAGGAGAAGCAUGAGACUGUUCGGGCGCUGUGGCAAUGCCCUCUUAACAAGAUCGUCAUGAUUGCGAAUUCGAGUCCUAUCGGAAACUGCUGGGGAAGCAGCGACUUGUUUCAAACGGUCCCCGAUGACGACGACUGGGACUUGGAUGACGAGGACCUAAAUGCUUUGAAAGAUACGGCAGCAAAAGCACCUACCCCGCCCGGUCAAGAUUUCGAAUUCGUACCACAAUACGACUGGCUCCGCGGAUCUCUGAUGCUGCACACUGUCGCGUCGUUCCACGCCGAUACGGUUACUGAACUCAAGUUCUGCGGAUACGUAGGGGCACCGAUUCUUUUCGCCCCUACUGAGCUCUCGCAUCCACUUUUAUCACCUCUGCGUCACUUCCACAAUCUGAGAAAUCUUACCAUGAGUAUGUGGCUGGAUACAAACUUCGAGGAUCGCCACCGCGAUGAAGAAAUUAUACAAUUCUGGCUCAACACCCGCGACCCGGACACAACGGCCAUGGUUGUUAUUGUCCCCGAUGACGGCUCCUCAUCAGAAUCCGAAUUCAAUAUCGAGGACAGCGACGUGGAAAUGCGGCCGCCAACGCCGCCCUCACCCCGGCCGCCAACCACCCCUCCAGGUGCCGCAGACCCUGAGCUACAAUUCUACCACCACCUUCAGAACCACAUCGCCGCCAACCCGACCAAUCCGCACCCACUUCCGGAUCCACCGGAAGAAGUCGCCCAAGCACAACAGCAACAACCCCCUGCUCUCGACGCUACUACUACUAUCACUACUAACAACAACCACGAAAACGACAACCACCAACCCCCGGCCGCCAUCGCCCAGCACAACACGACGCACCACCUCGUCGCCGUCACGGCCGACCCCGUCACCGGGCCCGAGCCCGUCCUCGCCUCGUCCCGCCAGCUCUCGUGGCCGCGCCGCCUGCACACCAUGUACGCGCCCCGCGCCCUCGCCGGCCAAGUCGCCCGCCAGAUCGGCCCGUACCUGUCGCCGCAGGCGAAGGCGCGCCCGGGCGCCAUCGGAGCCGCCGGUGCCGGCGCAGGCGAGGGCGUCGUGGUCAGGGCGAGCUUUUGCUUGGGCCACAGCGCUGGGUGGGGCACUGUUUUUGAUAUUGAUGUGGGCGUGGGAUUGGGGAGGGGUGGCGGCGGUGCUGGUGUUGGGAGUAGUAGCGGUGGUGCUGGCGCCAGCAGUGCGGCCGGCGGCGAGGGGAUGAGAGGCGAUUGGAGCAUCGGAACGGGAGAGGGGAAGGUGCUUUGGUGGGAAGGCCCGAGAGAAGAGGGUGAGCGGCGGAGGUGGUGGGGCAAGCUGAAGGCGAGACGGUGGUUUUGA